AAGGCCAACAUAAGCACUUCAAUUGAAAAUUCUGUAAGCAUGAACGAGUCAUACCCUCUCCAUGUCCGAUCAACCAUUCAGGAGUGCAGAAAUCGACUCCAACGAGUUGUCCCGAUGCCCAUUACGGGUAUUUGAUAUAUUUUAUCCGCCAAAUUAACCGCGAUGACGUCAAUCGUGGCCUUUCCGCAUAAAGGACAUCACCGCGUUUCAAGGGAUAACCCACCGCAACGUCUCAGUCAAACUCACUUCCGCUCCUAUUAGUCUUAAAUAACUAUGGCCUGGUCCAUUGCACUUCCCCGAGAGAUCUUCGCUUCGCCCAUUCUCUCUGUUGCCACCCCGACCACUGCCGGGUUGUUGAUCGGCUAUCUAGUCAACCGGAAAGGCAAAACAAAACGAACCUAUCAAUCGCUACGACAACCGCCCUUCUAUCCUCCUCCAUGGCUAUUCGGACCGAUGUGGAUGAUGCUCUAUGGAACCAUGGGAUACGCCGCCCAUCAUGCCACGGUGGCCGGACAUAGCGCCAUUGCCUCCUCCACAGCCGCGCAAAGCUUGGGUACGAACUGGGAGUCUCUGUAUACAUCUCAGUUAGCUCUCAAUUUUUUGUGGAUGCCCCUCUUUUUCGGCCUCCGUCGCCCGAAAUUAGCGUUGGCGAAUAUAACACUCCUCGGAGCGAAUGUGGCGGCUCUGAUACACACGUGGUGGAAGUCGGAUCGCACGGCCUUCUGGCUCAUGGUUCCGUACGCGGCGUGGUUGGGAUUUGCGGCAUACCUCAAUAUCGGUGUGGGUGUAUUGAACAAAUGGACAAUCGGAGGGACGUCCAAGAAGGACGAGUAA